AUGAGUAAUGAUCAAUCUUAUAAUGAUAUAACGAACAAAUAUAAUACAGCAACCACCAAUAAUGACAAAGCAAACACACCUCCAUUAGUAUUUUUCAACUAUCAUGAAUAUUUAUCAUCACAACAGCACCUACCAAAUAAUCAAAUCUCAUUAGUCAUAAAUCAUUUUCCAAAUUUUUACCUGGAUCAAAAUUCAUCGACAUAUACAAAUACAAGAAUUAUAAGGAUACCGAGAUGUUAUAAUUCAAUUUCUUAUUCUGAUUUAAUUCCUCAAUUUUCAUUAUCUUAUCCUGGUGAAGAAGAAGGUGCAAUUAAAAGAGAAGAACCACGAAUAGAAGAAGUUAUUGGAGUUUUUGAUAAUAAUGAGUUUGGGGUAACUUCAGAAGUUGUUGGUUUGGACAUUGAUAAAGUUCAAUUACAUGAUAUCAUCAGCAGUAUAAAUGAACAAUUAUACGUAGCUUUUAAUCCAUUUUCAAGCUGGAAUCUUGUAGAGAAUUUACUUAACAUACUAACAGGCUGUAUGUUCAUUGAGGUCUUAAAUCUAUUUGGACUUUACACUCAUACUAAAAGAACUGUCAGAACGUUGGAAAACUACGUACAAAAAGUUAAUGAAAAUUUUCAAAAACAAGGUAUUGAUUUGGUAAUUAUAUCACCCAGAAAAACUGGUUAUUUAUCUGUAUGUAUCUCAAAUGAAGUUCAAACAGCUUUGAAGAAAUUUAUACUAACUUAA